AGUCACAGUUAGUCUGUAAUCUGUAUAAUAAGUAGGAAACUGUGAACAAUAAUAAUAAAACAUAAGCAUAACUUUUAGUGUUUACAAACUUUUGAUUGCGUGUUAUAGAGUGGAUAUUUAUAAAAGAUGAUUGUCUUUAUAAAACUAUACUUAAUUUUAAGUAUAAUCACUAAUAAAUUGGCGACAGCAAUUUCUCCGGCCCUAAUUUUAAGUCCCUUUAUCAAUCAGAAUCGUACUGAUGAGGCCAGAAAGCUAUCUGCUGUGGAACCCUCACUAUUCCUUAAUGUGACCAGCUAUUCCGGAUUCCUUACGGUUGAUGCUACAUACAACUCAAAUCUAUUCUUUUGGUAUUUUCCUGUGAGAGAUAGACCGAUAAAGACAACGCCUUGGAUAAUUUGGCUUCAAGGAGGACCAGGCGCGAGCAGCCUCGCGGGAUUGUUCGACGAAAUUGGACCUUUUGAUUAUAACAAGGAGUUGGGGUUAAAAAUUCGUGAGUCGUCAUGGUGGCAUGAGUAUUCCAUGGUAUUUAUUGACAAUCCUGUAGGAGCUGGCUACAGCUUUACUAACAGCCAAGAUGGAUUCGCUCGGAAUAUGGCUAUGUAUUCAAAUCACUUGUACAAGGCCGUUAUACAGCUGGUGACUUUAUUUCCUGAGUUGCAAAAUGCCCCGUUGUACCUUGCCGGUGAAUCUUAUGCUGGACAUUAUAUACCGGGGUUUGGAAUUAAAACACUUGAGGAAAUGAACAAGAAUAAAAAUGGAAUGUUUCCUUAUAACCUAAAGGGAUUAAUCAUGGGUAAUCCCGUGUUAGACCGUGAAAGCAUAGCGAAUUUUACCUCAGUGUUUUAUCACUGGGGCCUGAUCGACAGUCAGGGCGUAAUUGCAGCCAAUCCUCUCCAGGAGCAGUACACCCAAGCUGUUGAAGUUGGCAAUAGCAGUGCUGCUGUGAUUCUCCGUGAUCAGCUAUUGGACAAAUUACAAGACAUAACCUCUCAGAGCCAAGUGUACAAUAUUUUGCACAACUACGGAGACUUAAAGGGUUUCAUGGAUUACAUCAUGUUAGAAAACGUGCGAGAUGCGCUACACGUCGGCACUAUAAAGUUUACAUUCAGCAAUGGUAGCGUCCACACACAUUUGGCUUCCGAUUUCUUGGCUAAAAUGUCCCCGACGAUGAACACUUUAUUGGAGCACUGUAAGGUCCUGAUAUAUUGUGGUCAGUUGGAUCUCACGGCGCCAUGUGUCCCUGCUGCUGAAGGGCGACGUCAGCGCUGGAGAUGGAGUGGUCGGGAAUCGUUUCUAAGAGCGCCACGUGUGCCUUGGUGGUAUAACGACAGCGUAGCCGGAUAUGUUAAAAGUGGAGGUGGUUUUACUGAAGCUCUUAUACGCGGCGCUGGUCAUCUUGCCCCGAUAGACAAGCCGGAACAAGUUAGGCAACUGGUGUCCUACUUCAUCAGAGGUCUAGAUAUGCCUAUGCCGGCAAAUUAUGAAGCAGAAGCAGAAUAUACACCAGGAUAUACUGACUUAGUAAAAGCUAAAAUUGAAAAUGACGAUAAUAAUUUUAAAACUGGCAUGUUUAUUAGCAUUAGUAUAAACGUUAUUUUAGUAUUAAUUAUUGUUGUGUUGAUUGUGUUCGUUGUAAGAUGGAAGAAAAGGGGCGAAGACUAUUUCUAUGCUCCUCUUUCGGACGGUAUAUUAACUAUGACAUAGUGUGAUUGCGAUGUUUUAAAUCCUAAUUUACCAAAGUCACAAACAGGCAACUAAAACUAUAAAGAUAACUAUUUUUUUACAAAAGGUUGUGAAGCAUUUUUAAACGUGUUUUAUACAAGGAAGAUGACAAACGAGCACACAGACUACCUGAUGGUAAAUGGGUGCCUAUAGAUAUCAACUUCAAACAUCGAUUAAGAAACAAAAUGAAGAUGCAUUGCACUUUUGAGGAAUGUGAAAAAGGUUUUCCAUUAAAUCUGUCACAAUUAUGUGUUACAUAUUAAUGCUAUCGUUUCUUGUUUUACAUAAGUUUUAAAUUUAACUUGUACUUAUUAACUAUACAAUUAACCGAUUAUUAUGAAAUAUUAUAAAAUUAUUUUCUUGCAUGCCAUUUUUUACAAAUUCGAUUUUAUAAAAGAGUUUUUCAUGCUUGACCCUGGGGUUGGUGCUACAAACCACUAAAAUUUCGAGAAUAUUUUGCAUUAACAAUUAGUUUUGUUAAUGCAAAAUAUUGUGUAGCUUUCGCGUAUAUAUAAAAAUCAUUACAGAAUCGGUGUUGUUAUAAUAAUUACUCAGUUACAAAUCGAUUAUAUGAAGAGAAAAGAACGAAGAAAGAAUAUUAUAUAAUUUUUAUAGUAAUUUUCGGUCAUGAAGUUAAUGAUGACUAAAGUUUCCGUAUUUAUAAUGUACUCUUUGCUUUAAAGCAAAAAAUAUACUGAACUAAGACUAUACUAAUAUUAUUUUAAAACCUGAUAAUAAAAUGUAUUUUUCGAUAUAGAUGUGUAUCUGUUGUUGUCUUCUUUUUUUUCCAUCAGCUGGUAACAGUGCACUAUUGGUCAUUGGCCUCGUACAAUGUAGUUAAAGGCUUGCCAUAAUCGAUACGCACAUCGCACCUUGGUAGGCAAUUUGACGUACACAGUGCCAGAUGUUUCACACCUAUGAGCUGCUUCUUGUUACCGGUCUGUAUAUUUUAACAUUUGGCUUAUACUUGUUGGGGAAAUGAUGACAAUAUAGAUUUUUUGGCAUAUCUCAUAGCGUAUUGCGACAUUCACCACAAGAAAUAAGAUAGUCGACUAUCUUACGUCGCCACCAGAUGGCAGUUGAUUGUAAUGAAAGAAAAACUUGUUAUACACGAGUUUAAUGAAAAAAAUAAUUUUAUAGAGAGAAGAUAAUUAAAAAACCAUGCUGGUCUGACACUUACAGGUUGCAUGUUUAUGUUGGACAAAAAAAAAAGAAUGUGCCAUUCUACUCUUUCACACUUUUCUACUAUAUAAAUAUUCUACUCUUUUUCUACUCUGUUAUAUAAAUUUUCUACUUUCAAGUACUUCAAUGGUAAGCAGCACAUUUUACCUUUUAAAAGAUGUAUGACAAAAUCUACAAGCCCUGGUCAAAUUAUUUACGCUGACUUGUGUGGACCUAUGGAAGAGAAAUCUCUAAGUGGCUUAAGGUAUUAAUUACUUAUGUAUAAAAGAUUAUGUAUCACAUUAUAGAGCUGUUUAUUUUAUUGCAGAAAAGUUAGAGGUGUGUGAAAAAAUGUAUAAGAAGGAUAUAGAUCUUAAGUAUGGACAAUGGAACUGAUUUUUCGACUGAUCCGCUUUUUCGUUUUUAUUUUUUGAAAAUUUUUGAAACGGCUCGAUCGAAGGACUUGAAAAUCUAAUCAUCUCGAAUUCUCAAUGAACAUUUUCGAAUCGCCCAUUUCAAUAUGUUCGUCGUUCUGAAGAUAUCGUACGACAAAAUUUUAUUUACAUACAUACACACACACACAAACACACAUACGGCAGAAGACCGGGAAUAGUCGGAAUGGCUUCUUAUUACCUUAAAACGUGGAGAUCUGAGGAAUAGAAGAGAGAGUUUUAUUCAAUAUAGAUUAUUACAU